AUUAAUCAGAAAUUACAACCAAAACAUCAGCAGACUGCAGCAUUCCUCUGUAGCCGUAGCGCGUAGGAUCGGAGGCUGCGAGAGGAGAGAGAGAGAGAGAGAGUAGCAAUGUUCUCGACUAUGAAGUUGCAGGUAUCGAACCCUGCCAUCAAACCGUUCCACAACCACGCCUUCUCCAGGAGCCUUAAUUCAGGCCGUCUGCGGUACGAUCUCCGGCCACCGGCGCGGCGCCUCAGCUGCCUCUCCGUCAAAUCGGAAUCCUCGUCGCAUUUCACGGCGGCGGUCGGAACUCCCUCUCUCUCUUCCUCGCGUUCGCUUCUUCUCUCUCACUGGAACGUCUCUCACCGCCACGUCCUCAUCCUCAAUGUCGUUGCUUGCGCGGUGGCUAUUUCUGCGACCUGGCUCUUCUGCUCUGCAAUUCCGGCGCUUUUGGCUUUCAAGAGAGCAGCUGAAUCACUUGAGAAGCUCAUGGAUGUCAUGAGGGAAGAGCUUCCCGACACAAUGGCAGCUGUUAGAUUAUCUGGGAUGGAGAUCAGUGACCUUACAAUGGAGCUCAGUGAUCUUGGCCAGGAAAUCACACAGGGAGUUAAGAGUUCUACUCGAGCUGUCCGAGUGGCAGAGGAUAGGCUGCGCAGCUUGACUAACAUGGCUCCGAAAGCAUCAUUGCAGGAGGUAACCAAUUCGAAAACUGAGGCAUCUGGACCUCUGUUGGCUACAACAAUAAGAGGAGUGAAAGAGGGGAUUGUUAAGGGUCGAGCAAUCUGGCAAAUGUUUUUCAGUCUCGCCCGGUUUUCCAGGUUUGCGCUUAACUAUUUAGCCAGUCGAAAUAAGCGGGUAGGUAGAUUUUAAUUUGCAGGAGCUUUGUGGACAGGGACAUUGAGAUAUUAAAUCCUGUACAUACUUCUUUUCUCAAGAUUGCUUUGUUGUUAUGAGUCAAGAGGUCAUGUUUUUCUAUUGCUGGUUGUUGGGCUCUGAAAUCCUAUAGAUUUGAUUAGGUUGGGGACAUUUGUUUCUUUUGCAAAUUGCAUGAGAAACCUUCGUUAUGAGCUGAGAUACGUUUUGUAUGUAAGCUUUCAGUGCCCAUGAAGUAAAAUGUCGGUAUGAUACAGGGUUUUGUGCUGUAUGGAUCAUUACUUGGGCAUCAGUUUUUUUGGGACUGUAUCCCAAUGAUAGUAUCUUUUAUCAAGUCAAGAUUUAGUUCAGCAGAUUAAAUUCGUUGUG